AUGCAGUUCUUCGUGGUGUUUGUAGUAAUUGGUGUUGCUGCGGUGUCCGCAAUAGAAAGUGAUGAACAGCAGUUUCUAAGUGCGAUCAGUGUGGACCUGACGGAGGAUGCAAAAGCCAAUUCAAAUCAGCUCGCUACGGACGGAUAUACUACCUUCCCUGGACAGUUUCCCCACCACGCUAGGCUGUUCAUAAAUGCUAAUUCAGUUUCGUCAGGAUCGCUUAUCACACCAAACUACAUCCUUACGCGUGCAUACUUUUUGGAUUAUAGUAUAAAAUGGACCGAUAAGGCUGAAGGAUACGCAAUACUGGGCGUACCUAAUGGAGCGAAUGAGCAGCGUAUCAACUUCACCGAAAGCGGUAUGCUCAUUCAUCCUCUGUUCAAUCAUGAAUUGAACGAUAUUGCAAUGAUUCGUUUGGAUCAUCCGGCAACGUUUAACAAAUACGUGCAACCGAUACGUUUGCCAAGAUUGUCCGAUACCCGAACGUACGAGAAAAUGGAGGGCACAAACGUUGGAAUAUCCAGGUAUACGAGCAACCAGAUAUUGAGCAACAAUGCAUGCAAUCAACUACAUCCAGUGAGGUCCAUCGAUGCACAGCACAUCUGCACGAAUGCUUACGUGGGAGGAGAUUUUUGCGGCAGAAGUCAUGGGUCGGGACUCAUCAUAGAAGACGAAAACGGUCCUGUGUUGGUUGGAGUUACCUGUAUUAUUUAUAUAUGUUCCUUGAAUUAUCCAACCGCUUAUGCACGCGUUUCUAAUUUCCGUGAUUGGAUUGCUGCGAACUCGGAUUAUGUGUUCGAUUUAUAA